UGUUCUGCAGGGAGCGUGUGUGUGUCCGUGUGUGUGUGUGUAAGGCGCACACAGAAAUGCCUCCAGCAGCAUCUUUCUUUACAGACUCCAGCGAGCUGCGGCACAAGCAAGCUGCUCCUCUUCAUCUCUCUCCUCCUUCCGAGCAAGCGUCUCCGAAGUAACCCAUUUCUUCCUCCUCCCUCUUCGUCGUCGUCUUCUUCGCCCUCCAGCAUUCGGCGGCACUGGAUGGAGAGCGGCGCCUGAAGAGAAGGAAGAGCGGUGGAGUUGCUUCGUCCAUCCUCCUCUUCUUCCUCCUCCUGCCUGCCGCUGCAGCAAACAGGAAAGUCCCGGCCGGCUGCUGCACCAUGUCCUCUCCUCCGAGUGGGGACGUCUCAGGCUACCAUCUGAGUGUGGUGCGUAACCCGCCGGGCUGGGAGGUGGGCAUCUACCUGGUAGGCUUUGUGGUGCUGCUGGCGGUGGCCGGGCUGAACAUCUGGAAGCUGUGGAAGUCCGGUACCUUCCCUGCGCCGUCGCCCUUUCCUAAUUUUGACUACAGAUACCUGCAGGAGAAAUAUGGAACCUCCUUCGCGGAGGUCCGACAAAAGCGGGUGGCAGCUAACAACCACCGGCGGACGUCAACGGCGUCUAGCCGCAAGCCUAGCCUGGCCCCGGGCGACAUCCCAGACGGCCUGAGGGAUCUGGGCCAGCUAGAGCUGAUGGGCCGCGACCUGGACCUGAGCGGCACGGCCCAACUCAACCGCUCCGUCUCCACCGACUCGCUCAGCUCCAUCUCGUCCAUCGCCAACAACUUUGGCCACGACUUCACGGUGGGUCAGCUGGAGGUGACCCUGGAGUUCGAGCCAUCGCGCCACAGCGGCCAGGGGACGCUGCGCAUCAUCGCACAUCAGGGCAAGGACCUGCUGGAGAGAGAGGAGGGAGACUUCCCAGGGUGCUUCAUCAGGAUCUCCCUGGGUCCGGAAGAGCUCAACGUGGGAGUCACCAGGGUGCAGACAAACGCGUUCACCGUCAUCUUCGACGAGAGGUUCUCUGUGGCGAUCGACGUGUGCGCCCUGGACGAGUGCAGCCUCCGAUUCGCUGCUUUUGGAAUCGACAGCGAUGAGAGGAACAUCAGCGCCGGCGUGGCCGAACUCAAGCUGUCAGAUCUGGACCUCACCGUCAGACCCUUCAACGCUUGGCUCUACCUCCAGGAUGUCAACAAAGCAGCAGAUGCGGUCGGGGAGAUUCUGCUAUCUCUCAGCUACUUGCCCACGGCGGAGCGCCUCACGGUGGUGGUGGCCAAGUGUAAGAACUUGUUGUGGACCAACGGCAAGAACACUGCAGACCCGUUCGUCAAAGUUUACCUCCUGCAAGACGGACGCAAGAUAAGCAAGAAGAAGACUUCCACUAAGAGGGACGACACCAACCCCAUUUUCAACGAGGCCAUGAUCUUCUCCGUGCCCUCCCUCGUCCUGCAGGAGCUCUCGCUGCGGGUCACCGUCGCUGAGGCAUCCGACGACGGGCGGGGCGAGAACCUGGGUCAUGUAAUCAUCGGUCCAGAGGCCGGUGGCAUGGGGAUCACUCACUGGAACCAAAUGCUGGCCACGCUGAGGAAGCCCGUGUCCAUGUGGCACCCGCUGCGCAGGGUCUGAAGUCAAACGCUGACAUCACACGCAAGAGCUAAUUUUUGGUGAUCUUGGUUAGCUGCAAAAUAUGAGAAACAGAUCUCAGUAUUUCAGUGGCAGGCCAUGCAAUCGGGACCUUGGUCUUUAGUGGGGACUGAAUGCACUUCUAAACAACACCACUAUCAUGUCACAAUACUUAAGAAAAA